AUGGAUGCCAGUACCCUUUAUUAUAUGGAUGAUGGAACUGCUAAUGUUAGAAAAUUUGUUUGUUCGAAACGAGAAUUCCGAGAGAAAAGAUAUAUGGACAAUAAAAACAGAGUUAAAAGACCACGUGCAAUUACUCGAGAAGGGUGUAAGGCAAUGAUGAUGGUGAUGAAAAUUGAUAGUGGAAAGUGGGUUAUUAGGAAGUUUGUGAAAGAUCACAACCAUUUGCUAGCGAAGCCCGGAGAAGUUCAAUAUUUACGAUCAUGUAAGAAGAUGACCAACACGGCACAACAUAUUAUAGACACAUACACCAAUGCAGGAUUACGUCCGUGCCUUAUAAUGGCUGUGCUUAGCCAAGAAGCGGGUGGAAGUGACAAUCUUGCAUUCGCCGAUCGUCAUUGUCAAAAUCACAUUGCCAAAAGUCGGGAAAAGAUAUUUGAAAAAGGAUAUCUUAAACUUGUCCUUGAAUACUUUAGAAAUAUGCAAUUUGAGAAUCCUGCAUUUUUCUAUGCGAUGCAAGUAGAUGAGAAUGGACAUUUAAGUAGAAUAUUUUGGGCUGAUGCUAGAUCAAGGAUGAACUAUCAAAUUUUUGGGGAUGUUGUUGUGUUUGACUCAACUUAUGUGACAAACAAGUAUCGAAUGCCUUUUGCGUCAUUUACAGGAGUAAACCACCAUCAUCAAUCUGUGUUAUUUGGUUGUGCUUUACUAGUUGAUCAAAGUGAAGAGUCAUUUGUUUGGUUAUUUAAGACAUGGCUUCAAGCAAAGUCUGGCCAUCAUCCAACUUUCAUAAUCACUGAUUAA